GAGAUAUUUAUAGCCUAACUAUCGGUCUGUAAGCGAAGCGACCUGAGCUCGCGAAGGUCCGUAGAUCCAAUAACGUACCUAAUUAUCUCAUCCGUCGAACUUGGGGGCCGUGCUCGACCUCCUCCUCUUGUUACCUACUUCAUGACAACAAUUUCAUCGUCUUCCCGGCUAGUCCCAUCGAAUUCGCUGCAUUGUUAGGCGCGCUCGAGUCGACAAGUAAACGAUCCGGAUACCAUGGAUUCGCCAGCCGACGAUUUCGUCGUCGUAACCCACCAGGACGGCUAUCUCAGCGAGAUCAACCACUUCGUCGAUAGCAUCGCCGACGACUUAUGGCCCGUUAACAAGAAGAUCCACGACAACCCGGAGCUAGGAUACAAAGAGUUCAUCGCCCAUGAGACCCUCACUAAUUUCAUGAAAAGUAGGCCGGGAUGGGAGGUGACGCCGUCCGCCUAUAACCUGGCAACCGCCUGGGUUGCCGUCUUCGAUAGCGGGAAGCCGGGCCCGGUCGUGUCGUUCAACGUCGAGAUGGAUGCAUUGGAGGGAAUUGGACACGCCUGCGGGCACAACCUCAUCGCAUCCGCGUCUGUCGCCGGCGGGCUAGCAACUGCCAACGUGAUGGAGGAGCACGGGUUGGGCGGCAAGGUCGUCAUGUUCGGGACACCAGCCGAGGAAGGUGGAGGCGGCAAGAUCGAACUCCUGCGAGCUGGAGCCUACCGGGAUCACAACGUGGACAUCAAUUUGAUAUCGCACCCCGGAAUUACCGCAGAUACCGCCCUCAUGCGUACAUCCGCCUAUCACGCAUUCAAGGUUGAAUAUAUCGGACGCGAAGCCCACGCCGCGGCAAGUCCCUGGCUGGGCCUCAACGCUCUCGAUGCCUUGAUUACGGGCUACAAUGCCUUGUCCGUCCUUCGACAACAGACGAUGCCGGGCGACGUGAUCCAGGGGAACAUCACGGACGGCGGGGUUCGGCCGAACGUGAUCCACGCCUACACGGCAGGCAACUUCGUGUGCCGGGCGAACACGCAGAAGAGAGUCAGGGAGCUGAAGAAGAAGGUUGACAACUGCUUCGUGUCUGGCGCGGUUGCGACCGGCUGCACACUCAGGUUGAUUCCGACGCGGUCCUAUGCCGACCACGUUCCGAAUCGCGUGCUGGGAGCUUCCUAUAGGAAAUACUUCAACGAGCUCUCGCCUCCAAACGGACCCAUCCCAGGCAACGCCGAUUUCGACGAAAUAGAGGGCCGAACGAUGGCCAGCACAGACCAGGGCGACAUCAGCUACGCCAUGCCCAGCCUGAGCGCGGGGUUCGCUAUCCCACCAGGGCCGGAAGGGAACGGGCCACACAGCCCCGACUUCGCCAAGGCAGCGGCGACAAGGGAGGCAUUCGAGAGAAGUUUACGGGUGGGAAAAGCGCUGGCGGGUACAGCCAUAGACGUCCUGACGCAGGAUGGCCUCCUCGCAGAGGUAAGGAAGGAAUGGCAACGAUCGAUCAAGGAGAACUAGUUAAGAGAGAAAUGUGAGCAGGUGAGCUCCGGGGGGGGGGGGUGAAAUUGUGAAUACCUACCUACGUCUUUUUUCUUACACGCCGUCGAUGCACGGUCGAGGUAGAGAAGGCAUCUGUUCAUUAGGGUUGUAUAGUAGUGUGCCAGGAACUGGAAAGGCGAGUUGAGUAUAUGAGUAGGUUACUGAUGUUUUUCCGAGGAUAUUUACUUUAUGUGCCUUAGGUACCUACCUACCUACCUUAGAUGUAUAGGUACCUAAGGUAUGCUUUGUGUUGUGUGCUUAGGUACGUCUAGAUGAGAAUAGCAGAAUGUCACCGUCAGAAAUAUACCCAACCUAAGGUACCUACCUACCUCCUAUAAGGUGGUGCCUCCAUCGCAACCAUAACUUGGGGUUAUCAAGUUCAAACCACUCAAAGUAAGCUGUUGGGAUCCCAUUCGCUGUAUCCUACUUGACUUCCAUAGAGGUACCUCCUACCCUCCUCUCCAUGCUAGGAUGCUAGGUACCUAUCCUUCGUUAAGUAACCUACUGAUCUGUAGGUACCUAUAGUAUAUUAGGUUCCCCUCGUGGAGGAGGUA